GCCAUUUGCCAUAUGAUUCUGAAAGCUGCUCCCAAGGUAGACGUCUUGCAGGCGCUCAGCCAUUUGCAAUCCUGAUUGCCUCCUGGGAUGAGCCAACAAUGCGGAACCUGAUCAGCAGGGCGGCACGCCAGCUGACUCAGAAACCCUUGGGAUUCCAACACUGCGGUUGGCAAGGCGCAUUCGGUGGGGCGUUCAGUGGCAGCAGCGGGUACCACCAAAACAGCUUUCAGUCCUCGAGUCUCCCUAAAAUCUGUUUGCAAACUCCUCUGGAGUCCAACACUCACCUAGGAUGCUCUUAUGACAAUAACUUUGUGUCGCAGAUUAAGACAAAGCUCUUCUUAGUCCAGCACCAUAAGGACGAUAAAGACAAUGCUAAAGACGCGAUAAAGGCAGCGCUCUCCUCAAUCGAGCAUCAUUGUAGCACGUUGCGAUUGCAAGCCUCGGCGCAGAACCACAGCCAUGGAAACGCUGCUGCCAUACUUUCAAGAGCACCGGCAGGGCGUGACGAAUCUCCUCCGCAGUUUGGAUUCACAACAGGUGCUGCCAAUCUCGCAGGCAGAGCUUUGCCCAAAGCUCUUCAUGAGCAUCUCCAUCGUGGUUGUUCUGGUCCUUUUUCCAGCCCUCUUCCCCACGCUCUUCCCAGACCUGAUGCACAACCUGCUGCCAAAUCUCGCGGCAAACCUGAGCUCGAUCUACGGCAACAUGGCGCCCCCGUUCGUGACGUCGCUCUUCCCGCAACUGGCGUGAACUCCCUUGCAAAUGUCGGCAGGGUCUGGACUAGGAAGAGCGUCUUUGGUGGUGUCGUCGAAGCAUCAGGGAUGCAAGCAGGUUAUUCCUCCGCCGAUGGUUUGCAGAUGUUUGGCGUCUCAAUGAGUCAAAUGGUGCACUCGACUGGAACUAGGGGUUUCAGGUCAGGGGCCGGGGGCAGCGUUUUGCUGGCAGAGGAAAGUGAUGGUUCGGAGGUGGCUGUAGAUGGAAGCAACAGCUCGGAGGUGGCGGUUAGCAAUGGGGCCUCGGAGGUGGCGCCGGAGGGCAAGAGAAAGUACGGCCCAAGGAAGAGCACGCGCAUCCCGCGGAGCAUCGUCGGCAGCUACGAUGAGGAAUUUGAGGAUGAGCUCGACUUGGCGGAGCCAUCCCCGUGGCAAGAUGAGAUGUACAACAUCCGGCCCCGCGUCGACAGGUUCAUGAUGGACGAGCUCGGCGCAAACGCGCCCCUCGACAUCGAGGAGUUAGUCGCAGAAGCGGACGACCUGGGCCUCGUGUCCGAGAUCCCCGACGCAUACGCGGGCCUCCCGCUCGUGCUCCGCUGGGAGACGCGCUUCGUGCUCGCGCCCGGGCCGAGCGCGCACCACCCGCUCAACCGCAAGGUCAAGCUGCAAACCUACCUGCGGGAUUUGGAGCUAAGCGAGAAGGCGCGCGAGCGGAUGAUCGCGCUAGUCGGGCCGCGUUUCAAUCGGCGGAGCGACGAGCUGACACUCGUCAGCCAGAGGUACUCUCAUCGGGAAGAAAAUCGGAAGGACGUCCUUCGAAUCCUCUAUGCACUGAUUGAGGAGUCGAAGAAAGCGGACAUUGAGGGGGACGAAUUGGCAGCCGUUGCCUGAACUCUGCACAUGACUUAGUGUCGACGAUUGAUUACGCUCAAAUUGCUAGGAACAUUUGCACAGCCACCGAUGUCGAUGUAGCUUUCUAAGGGCUUUAGUUGUGACCUGCUGAAACAGUGCGCCCUCGUUUGGCACACCAAGUUCGCACAGUGUGCAAGAAUGUAGGAAGUCAUGGACGUGGUCGGGUGGACAUGUUCAUCUUUGUGUAAGGAGGAAUCCCAAUUCAAUGAAUGCCAUACAUCUACCAGUCUAGCAUUCA